GGAAAAUGGAGUGAGAGUGGCUACACCCUAGCGGACACGUGUGUGUUAGAACACACUUUUAGCCUACUUCUUAGCUUCCCUUCUUCAUAAAAAAGGUGUGUAACAUAGGCUGCAUGCUUAGCAACUAGCCGACAUGGAUAGUGGAUAAUGCUAGUUGUAUUAGAUGCCUUAAAAUAUAAUUUGCUAGUAUCCAUACCCGGUUGGUAAAACAACCACGUUGGCAGGCUAUAGCGAGCUACUCAAUAUACAGUAGCCUACUAGGCUACUAUCUGUAAACGGAGUGUCAGUGCCUUAAUAUCAGCAGUCUAGUGUUAUGGCUGGAAGAGGUGGCAGGGGUCGUGGAAGGAGUCAGCUGACCUUCAAUUUGGAAGAUGUGGGGAUUGGAAAGGGUGAAAACCUACCCCCUACCACCUUCACGCCAUCACCUUUAUUUCCACCCAUGACUGCCCAGCCAGUGCCCCUGCAGACAGGAGAGGAGAUGGAUUACAUGCUGGCGUUGAAGCAGGAACUGAGGGCUGCCACCAAGAACCUGCCCUUCUACAUCAGGCGCGCUGCCUCCAAGAGAGACGUUGAUCGCUACUCUGAUAAAUACCAGACGGGGGAACCUAAGGACGGGACCAUUGAGUGGAAUCCAGACUGGAGCAGAUUGCCAAAAGAACUUUGCAUCAAAGUGAGGAAGCCUCAAAUAAAAAGACCUACAGCCCAAGUUAAACGACUCAAGCAAACAGUGGCCAAGGAAGAGAUUCUCACCAAGCUAGAGACUCUUGAAAAGAAAGAAGAGACUGCCAACUCAGAGGAAGAGGAGGAUGAGGAGAAGAAGAAGACAAAUGAAGAGGAGGAACAGGCAGAAGAGGAGUUUGAUGAGGAGGACAUAGAAGAGGAUACCGAUUACAUCAUGUCUUACUUUGACAAUGGAGAGGAGUUUGGAGGAGACAGCGACGACAACAUGGAUGAAGCCACUUAUUAAACAGAACACUGGAAUGGAAGCCAAACUGUCCUAAAUGAGAGGACCACCCCCAUUUUCAGACAUCGGAGGCCAAAGCUGCUCGUCAAUGACACUCUGAACAGUUGUAUUUUAUAAUGGAGAGAAUAAUAGUAGUGCUAUGCAAUCCUUAAACGUGAUGGGAUGUGGAGGAUCGUUGCUUUUAAACAUGUUUUAUAAUGGGGACCACUUGCGAGGACAGCCAAGGCUGUUGUCACCGUUUCAUUCAGAGUGAGCUGAAGUUGCGAUGUGGCCGUGUGGUUAAUAUUCAUUUUAUCCUUUUGAUACUUGAUUUUAAUAGGUGUGCAAUUGCAGUGAUACUGUGACUGAUUUCACGUUUUCAUGUAAGUAAUGUUUCUCAACCAAUAUCUUACUCGUUUUAAGGUAAAAAAAAAAAAAAAAAAAAAAGACAAAUCAGGUGUUUUAAUCACAUUUUAUUUAUGUGACAUACUGAAGUGUGUUAGUUUACAAAUGUGUUGUUGAAUGUAAGAAAAUAUGUUAUAAAAUACUGUUGUGUUGACAUGAUAUACCAGUAGAUGGCGAACUGCUCAAUAGGUUUGUAAUAGUGGCAGCUAGUGCAGUGUUUAAGACUCUGAAUAGCCUACUCAUACACCGUUCAUAAAAGCUAUUGAACAUACAGUGCACUACAGCUUUCUUUUAAUCAUGCCAUCCAUAAGUCAUUUAAAAGUCAUAUAUUGUCCAUUCCUGGGACUUAAAAGAUGAAUGUCUGUCUUCCAUUCACACUGUUUUCCUCCAAAUUACUCCCACUUACAAGUGUAUUGGUGUCACAUUUAACCGUGUCCUACUGGGAAUAUGGGUAAUCCCUAGCAGACAAAGGCGUUUAGAUUUUGUGUUUAUCUGUUCUCUCCAGGCCUAACUCAUAUUAACCCACUGCAACCUGCUGUCCUGCAGUUUUCUAUAGCGACAAAUGUAUUAAUUUCAAGCAAACUGUUCUUUCAUUUUUAUUUUAUAGAAUAUAGGUAUACAUGUCAACCAUGAUUGAGAUUAACAUAUGUCCUAAGUAUUUUAGGUCAUAUAAGUUUUUUCUUCAUAUAGAUGUCAAAUUACCAUCACUUCACCAGCUAAAUCCUCAAGAGGAUAGAUUUGAGAAAGUUGAGGUCUCCAUACACCAUUCCUUUUGAAUUUUUCCAUCAAGAGUUAUAUUGUGUGCUAACUAUACUGUAUGUCCACAGUGAGUUAGGAGCUUCUAUCUAUAACAAUGUGGUGAAAGGGCAAAUGUUGACAUGGAGUUCAUAAGGGGAAUGACCUAACUCUAAGACCUUUUCUUUUGACUACGUGCACUCGGUCACGUACUCACUCUCACAGAGAAUGUGUGCAGUCAGCUCAAAUAGUCCAGAAGUGCAAGGUGCAUGCUUAUAAUUUAGAAUUUUACUGCAUAGCCUACUGUAGAAUCCCAUUCAACAUGUUGCAACCCAUAUUUCGAUAUCACGCAACACGCGUGCAGUUUAGGCAAACGCUUCGAGGGAAGGCGUCAGGUGCUUGUCUGUUUCUUCCCAGUGAGAAAAACACAUUACGCAACCAGUCAUGUGGUGUGAAGGACAGGUGUGGUAUGUGGGACUGUAAACAGUGCUCAACAGCUCAAAGUGGUGUGUGACAUCGGGAACAGAAUGGGAAGCUGUCUACUGCACCUCUGACGGGCGGGGCCUACCCACCUGUACAGGGAGGAACACGAUGGAACAUUUUCCUUUGUUUACCACACUGGGUGUGAUUGACUUGCUGACCUCUGCAGGGGUCUGGAACACCUAGUUCCACAGCUGUAAACAACGAGAGCUAUUGUGAAAGCUGUGUAGGGAGAGCUUCUGAUGAGUUGUACUAUGUGGUCUGCAUUGGGAACUUAGGAACCCGUGUCUGAUUUGGUUGGAAGAAUUGUAGUGAUAUGAUCAAAAUGUCUGCAACUUAAAAGAAAUACUUUGAACCUAAAUCCAACCGGCAUUCUCUGACACAUCAAAUGUCAUCUAUGUACCAUGCAUCAGAUCAUUAAAUGCUUGAACACCAA